CCUUCGGCAGUUCGGCGGCACUAGGGCAAGUCGCCCAUAGACUCGCAAUCAUCGCCGAGCCUCCCUGGAACCGAAGAGGCAAGAGGAAAACUACUAAAUACACGGAUACACCUCGCCGCUAUACCGAGCGAUUCAUCCCACAUUCGCACGGGAGUCCUCGGAAGAAAACGAGGCGGCGGCAACCGAGACCCUGGAACGGAGGACCGCUCGCCUGUCCUAGUUUGGAUGGCGUCUGGAGGCAUCGCCCGCGCCCGCCUCGCAGAGGAGCGCAAAUCGUGGCGCAAGAACCACCCCCAUGGCUUCGUGGCCAAGCCGGAUACCCUGCCGGAUGGGUCCGUCAACCUCAUGGUCUGGCGUUGCGUCAUCCCCGGCAAGCAAGGCACUGACUGGGAGGGUGGAUAUUUCCCCCUAACUCUGGAAUUCAACGAUGAUUACCCAACUGUCCCUCCCGUCUGCAAGUUUCCAUCAGGAUUCUUCCACGUCAAUGUUUACGAUUCUGGGCUAGUAUGCCUAUCGAUCCUGAGUUCUGGUUGGAAGCCUUCAAUUACUGUGAAGCAAGUUCUGGUAGGCAUCCAGGAGUUACUCGAUGAUGCAAACCCCAACUCGGCUGCACAGCAAAGAUGCUAUGAGCUGUAUAAAAAGAAUAUGCCGGAGUACAAGAAUCGUGUUCGUGAGCAGGCCAAGCGCUAUCCUUCGCGAGUGUAGUACCUAUAUGUACCAUCUGCAAUAUACUGGCAGCUAUGUCCUAGUAUGCCUUUCGAUGGAACCAAAUUCUGUGAUCGUGAUAUGAUGGGCCAGAUUACCAGCAUUGGAAUGUGCUUGUUGCUAAAAUGCACUUUGAGUCCAUCCUUGUUACCAAUUGUUCUGGGCCUUAUGGCUUAUCAAUAUAUUGGGGGUUGCUUGAACGGAAGAAAGCGUUAGCUUUGCUAAUGCUGAGACCUUUUUUCUCCUUCCAUUUUGUAAAAAGAAGAGUCCUCUCACUGUCU